GCGGCUCGCAUGCUGUCAGGACUCUUGGCCUCGGUAAGAAGAGAAGGAUCCCGUAAGAAGUUCCUGAUCUUCCGGUGUGGCCCCCUCCUCCCCCGGCGCUGGGAGGAGACGCUGAGGGGUCAGGGAGCUCUCGGAGGCGGGGACACCCCCCCCCCCUCUUUUGGAAAGAAGAAGAAAAAAAAAAAAAAAAAAAAGAAAGACAAUCACGUGGCCGAGAUGAAAGGGAUGCCGCCUGGCAGAGCAGGGAGCGGAGAGGAUCCUCAGCCAUGGAAGGGUGAAAUGAUCGGGAGGUUCCCCAUGUGAUCCCCGCGUCCUGAGCGAUCCCGGGACCCGAGCGCCGCCGCCCGCUGCCCCUCUCCUCCUACCCCGCAGCCCCUGGAUCUUACCGACUCCCCGGAAAUUAUGUUCCCGUCCACGCUGAUCCCCCAUCCUGCGAGAUGAAGGAGCCGAGGGUCCGGGGGAGCCUGCCCCUGCUCUGGCUGGGGGUCCUGCUGGCCGCGGCUCCCGGGGGGUCCCUGGCUAAGGAGACUGCCUUUGUGGAAGUGGUUCUGUUCGAGUCCAGUCCCAAUGGAGAUUAUAAAACCCACACUACUGAGCUGCAGGGGAGGUUCUCCCGGGCGGGAGCCACCAUCAGCGCCGAGGGGGAGAUCGUGCAGAUGCACCCUUUGGGACUUUGCAAUAACAACGAUGAAGAAGAUUUGUAUGAGUAUGGCUGGGUCGGUGUGGUCAAACUUGAGCAGCCUGAAAUGGAUCCUAAACCAUGUCUGACUGUAUUGGGAAAGGCCAAGCGGGCAGUGCAGAGAGGGGCUACAGCAGUUAUCUUUGAUGUCUCAGACAACCCUGAUGCUGUGGAGCAGGUAGAUCUGAAUCAAGGCUUGGAAGAUCCACUUAAGAGACCAGUUGUAUAUAUGAAAGGCACUGAUGCUAUUAAACUCAUGAACAUCGUCAAUAAGCAGAAAGGUGCUCGAGCCAGAAUUCAGCAUCGUCCACCUCGGCAACCCACUGAAUAUUUUGACAUGGGUAUCUUCCUGGCCUUCUUUGUGGUGGUGUCACUGGUCUGCCUUAUCCUUCUUAUCAAGAUCAAAUUAAAGCAAAGAAGAAGUCAGAACUCCAUGAACAGGAUGGCAGUUCAGGCACUGGAAAAAAUGGAGACCAGAAAAUUCAAAGCAAAGGGAAAAGUGCCUCGUGAGGGUAGCUGCGGUGGCCUUGAUACGCUAAGCAGCAGUUCCACCUCAGACUGUGCCAUAUGCUUAGAAAAAUAUAUUGAUGGAGAGGAGCUGAGAGUCAUUCCUUGCACACAUCGGUUUCAUAAGAGGUGUGUGGAUCCCUGGCUUUUACAGAAUCAUACAUGUCCACAUUGCCGGCACAAUAUUAUUGAACAGAAGAAAGGAGUUCAUGGUGCCGUGUGUGGUGAGAACGCAGACAACAGUGGCCGACAACAACAGCAACAGAGAGUCAUUCUCCCAGUCCACUAUCCAGGAAGGGUGCAACGUACGGGACCUAUUGCUGCAUAUCCAACCCGCACCAGCAUGGGCCCACAUGGCAAUCCCAUUACAGUACUCACUGUGGAGCGACCAGUUGAGCCCCCUUUUCUAACUGGAUACAGACCUGUAUCACUAGAUCAGCCAGCUCAAGGCCAUCACUGUGAUCUGGAACAUGCACCAUAUCCACAAGCUAGUCAUGGCUUCCGGCGCUCAAAGUAUGGAGGAAGAGGCUUUAACACUGCCACUUGUUACUCUCAAUAUGAAACCAUGUACCAACACUACUACUUCCAGGGGUUGAGUUACCCACAUCACCAGGAAACAGCAGGCAGUAGUCAGAUGCCCAGAGGAUUAGAAAAGGGCUUAAACCAUGCCUUUCAGACUGGUAAUAAUUUGCUAUACCAGCCUGCACCUACCAUGAUGCAUAUGGCUCCUACGUCAGCUGGUGGGAGCUGCUACCUUCAUAGUCAGCACCAACAUCGCUCAGUAUGCAGUGGCUACUUAGCUGAUGUCCCCUGCAGUGACAGCAGCUCCAAUUCCAGCUCCAGCUCAGCACAGGGACAUGCCUCAUCUAGUGACUCCAUGCUGGACUGCACAGAGGCCAGCAACCAAGGAGUAUAUGGCAGCUGCUCCACUUUUCGAAGCUCUCUCAGUAGUGACUUUGAUCCAUAUGUGUACAGGAGUCGAAGUCCUUGUAGGACUGGAGUAGGGGAUGCCGCAGCAUGUGGGGGGGAUGUUGGAACAGGACCUGGAAAAGGUAGGUCAGACACCAGACCUCACCAGACCUUCCCAAAUUCUUCUUCUAGGGAUCGCCUGUCUAGUUGCAGCCUAGAGAUGAAUUAUAGCAGCAAUUCUUCCCUGGAGCGCCGAGGUGCUGCUGUGGCCUCUGGGUUAGCCCCAGAAGCAUGUUGCUCCAUCUCACAAGGAGGUGGAAGAGACUGGCGGGGGCCUGAAAAGGGCUGCCCUUGUUGUUUUCAGAGGCCUACUGGGGAUCCCAGUCCAGACUGCACAAACUUGUUUAUGGGUACUGAAUCCCAACAAGCGACAGCUGCAUCCUCCAGUGGAGGCUUGUACAGUGUUACCUCCAGCCUUUUACACCGGACAGAACCAGGGUCAGUUCUAGGCCACUCUGCCCGGCCCUGCUGCCUCUAUGAGGAGAAUCAUGGGAGCUGCUACACUGAGGACUAUGCAGUCAGCAUUCAGUAUGCGCUGGCUGAGGCGGCAGCGGCAGCAGCUGCUGCUGCGGUAGCUGGCUGUGAGGCUGGUCAACCAAUACCCAUCAUUCCCGAGGAUCCCGGCUAUGAAGGUGGCUUAGAUUGUGUGGGACAUGUCUCCUGGGAGAUGGAAGGUGAAGAAGAUGAGGAGGAGGAGGUACUGUACUGCCAAGAAGGACCUUGUAUGCUAGUAGAGGAGACACGUGCCCUGUGUCGAAACACAGGAACAGAGGGAUCUGGAAACGUGACAGGUUGCCACCCUACAGACAAAGACUGAGCACUAAGGAUACAAACUACUAGGAUUAGAUUGAAUCUUGUGGAUUAUUUUCUGAACUUUUUAAUAAAGAAAAAUAAAAAAUAAAUCGCCUUUUUUUUUUUUAAAGAAAGAAAAAGAUAAAAAAAUAUUUUUAACGAAAGUUGGACUUUACAAUGCACCGUGAUCUGGAAUCCCACCACACAGUACAACCACUUUUACUUGCUUUAUUCCCUGGACUCAGCAAUUGGAGAAACUGUGUUAUUUGUUUAGGUUUUUUAUUUUUUAUCUUUUAUGUUAUAAAUAUAUAUAUAAAUAUAUAAAUAUAUAUUAUUUUUUGGUUGCUGUUUUAUUUUUUUUAUUUUUUUUCCUUGUGAGUUUGUACAUGCGCAAGAACUGUCUUUUCCUGAUGAAAAAGAGAUAUAUAUUUUUUCAAUAAAAUAAACAAGAAAAUAUUAAUAUUAUUUUUUAUCUGUCGGCUAUGAAGCCAGGAAAAAAAAAAAAAAAAAAACACAAAGAGAGUGAUCAGGGGUUAACUUUGUUUUUAUCUGCCUCUUUAAAUGACAAAUUCUUUUGUAUUUAAGUUGAGCCUUUGCUAAACAAUGUCCUAAUUUGUAUUCUAUAUAGCUGCAGUUUAUAUUUAUGGUGCAUUCUUUAUAAUGAUCAUAAGCUAAAACCACUUUUAUGUUACAGUAAUAAUUUUUUUACAUGAAUGUAUUUGUGCAAUGCAAAUAUAUUUUACAUGUUUUUCAUGCCAUAUUUCUACAAUGGUCUGUGUUUAUGUAUCAGUAAAUCAGUUUGCACCCAGAAGCCAUGGGGCAGAUUUACUAAUGGAAAUGCUCCAGAUGCCGUGAGCCACACAGGAAGGGGUUUUCCGUGUGUUUAAUAUUGAUGCCCUAUCCUCAGGUCCGACACCCCCGCUCAUCAGCUGUUAGAGGAGGCUGCGGCGCUCCAGUGAGCUCCACAGGCUCUCCCCGCAGCUCACCAAGCACAGUGCCGUCCAUUAGAUAGCGGCUGUACUUGGUAUUGUAGCCCAGUCCCGUUUACUGGAAUGGGACUGCUCUGCAUGUAGACCAUGCGAUCAGUGAACGUGACAUCACAGGCCUCAGUGCUCACUGGAGCGGUGCGGUCUCUUCAAACAGCUGAUUGACAGGGGUGCUAGGAGUCAGACCCCCGCCAAUCUGAUACUGAUGACCUAUCCUGAAGAUGGAUACUUUUUCCUGCGUGAUCAAUAAGGGGACUUGACCUUGCUGGAAAGUGGGAUGCCACAUUGUAUGCCAAAAUGAUACCAGACUUUUGGUGGCACGAAGUAAGCAAGCUAGAUAGAUGUAAAGAAGUGCCAGAUUUGCCACCCAGCAUCAGCCACGGUGAUACAUCUGGUGCAUUUUUACACUGUCUAGUCAUAAGUUUACACUGACUAAAAAUUUGACAGGAUUUCUAAAUCUGCCCCAAUAUGUUAAAAAAUGGACAGGUCCUGGUUAAAGUGUACUGAUUUAGUUCCCACAGAGAAGGCGCCGUUCUGAGCAGGUGUUGUCCGCUCACUUUGUUCCUUAGCGAUGUCACUCGUUACUAUGGGAGUGCUAUCAUCUCAUGAAUGUUGGUUUCAUUCACUGAAUGGAUAUCUCCACUGGAUUAACAGUAAGGUCUAUUGCACACGACCGUAUGGCUUUUUCAGUGUUUUGCGGUCCACAAAAAAACGGAUCUGCAAAAAAUACGAAUGACAACCGUGUGCAUUCAGUUUUUUUACGGAACAGAUGGCCCCUAAU